GAGAGAGAGAGAGAGAGAGAGAGAGAGAGAGAGAGAGAGAGAGAGAGAGAGACUCCCCUCUCCUCUUACUCUCAAUAGCCAGGACAGAGCAGGAUUAGACAGCAGCCAAAUGUCAGCAGGAGGGAGGCGCAGGAGAGAGCAGAAAGACCCUCACUGAGAAACCGGCUGUGAUUUUAUUGGCUCCUGAGCUGCUGUUUAAAGCAGGAGCGCUUGGGAAGAUAUCUCUGUGUCGGGUCCACCCACCCUCCAAAAGACAGAAGCAGGGAGGAAGGGAGAGAGAAUGUAGCCAGUAGGCUUUGCUUCACUGGCAAAGGGGGAAGAGGCAAAAGAAAACCACGGGAGAAAGGAACCUGGAACACCAGCCCAGCUUGUUCCUCCUCCUCCUCCUCUUCCAGAACGGGACCACCAUGAACGAGACGAUCGUCCUCCAGUACUUCAUCGAGGAGCUGGAUGCGAACUGCAGUCUCCUCGAUUUGUUGCAGGAUGGAUUUGAUGGUCCCUACUGCAACGCCACCACCGAUCAGAUCGGGACCUGCUGGCCCAAGACCAGCGCCGGGGAGCUGGUGGAGAGACCUUGCCCCGAGUUCCUCAACGGAGUCAAGUACAACACCACGAGAAAUGUUUACCGAGAAUGCAUGGGGAACGGGACCUGGGCCUCCAAAGCCAACUACUCCCAGUGUGAGCCGAUUCUGGUUGAAGAGACGAAGCCUGCUCUCUAUUACCAGGUUGCCAUGAUCAUAAACUACCUGGGACACUGCAUUUCUGUAGGGGCGCUCAUCAUCGCCUUCCUGCUCUUCCUGUGCUUGAGGAGCAUCCGAUGCCUUCGGAAUAUUAUCCACUGGAAUCUGAUCACCACGUUCAUCCUGAGGAAUGUGAUGUGGUUUUUGCUGCAGAUGAUAGAUCACGACAUCCACGAAAACAACGAGCUGUGGUGCCGGUGCAUCACAGCCAUCUUCAACUACUUUGUGGUGACCAAUUUCUUUUGGAUGUUUGUGGAAGGCUGCUACCUGCACACGGCCAUCGUCAUGACCUACUCGACAGACAAGCUGAGGAAGUGGGUUUUCCUCUUCAUCGGAUGGUGUAUUCCUUGUCCAAUUAUUAUCGCCUGGGCUGUCUGCAAGCUGCAUUAUGAAAACGAGCAGUGCUGGUUUGGAAAGGAAUCGGGGAAGUAUAUAGACUACAUCUACCAAGGACCAGUGAUUCUUGUCUUGCUGAUAAAUUUUGUUUUCCUGUUUAACAUAGUUAGGAUUCUAAUGACAAAGCUGAGAGCGUCAACGACUUCAGAAACAAUACAGUACAGGAAGGCCGUCAAAGCAACAUUAGUUCUUCUGCCUCUUCUGGGUAUUACCUACAUGCUUUUCUUCGUCAACCCCGGGGAAGAUGAUAUCUCCCAGAUAUUUUUCAUCUACUUCAAUUCCUUCUUGCAGUCUUUUCAGGGCUUUUUUGUGUCUGUGUUUUACUGCUUCUUAAAUGGAGAGGUACGUUCUGCAGCCCGGAAGAGAUGGCACCGCUGGCAAGACCACCACUCCCUUCGAGUCCGCGUGGCUCGAGCCAUGUCCAUCCCAACCUCUCCGACAAGGAUUAGUUUUCACAGUAUAAAGCAGACGGCGGCCGUGUGACAAGCCCCAGCCAACCACCAGCUGACUAUGGAGUUUUGUUCUCUUUCCUCCUUCUCCUCCUCCUCCUUCCCACACCAGAAAAAUACUUUCUCCCUGUGUUCUUUUUUCUCUUUUUAACCCCUUGGUUGUCACAAUUCCUCCUCGUCCAUGUGGUAGAGUAAUAAACUUAUAUUAGAGUAAUAAACUUAUAUAUUUGGAAGGGACCCUGAGGGUCAUCUAGUCCAACCCCCCUGCAAUGCAGGAAUCGCUACCCAACCUCUGCUUAAAAAGGAAGGAGAGUCCACAACCUUCAGAGGGAGUGCCACAGCCCUUACUGUGUUCUCCAGUUAUUGCUUUCCCACACUCUCCCCUCCAGAAAUCCCCUAUGCUUUGAAAACCCAAAUAGGAGAACUGCAACCAUAAUAAUAAUUUAUUAUUUAUACCCCGCCCAUCUGGCUGGGUUUCCCCAGCCACUCUGGGCGGCUUCCAAUAGAAUAUUA